CUCAAAUCUAUUAAUAAUAAAAGGUGCAAGUAACACGAGAUCGACUUCACCGUUUUCCCUGCCGGAGCAAUAAGUUCCGGGUAUUUCAGACUACUAAUGGCGGCCUUCAACGGAGGUGAUUUUGACCGGGAAAGUGAGCUUAAGUCGUUCGACGAAACAAAAGCCGGAGUCAAAGGCCUUGUCGACUCCGGAAUCACCAAAGUACCUCAGAUUUUCAUUCAAACACCUGAUCAUGAUUUCUCACAAGCCGAAGGCGAUUUGGAUUUACCCAUCAUAAACCUCAUGGGAUUCAACUCAGAUCCAGUUCGACGAAAGGAGAUCGUGAAGGAAAUCAGAGAAGCAUCAAGGACAUGGGGGUUCUUCCAAGUUAUCAACCAUGAGAUUCCGGUGACUGUUCUGAGGGAGAUGCGAGAUGGAGCGCGUAGAUUUUUCGAUCAGGAUCAGGAGGUGAAGAAAAAAUGGUACGUUACUGAUAGUACCAAGAACAUCUUCUACAAUAGCAACGUUGACCUUUCUUCCACAUUAGCAGUUCGAUGGAGGGACUCGUUUCAUUGCAGGAUGGCUCCAGAUCCCCCAAACCCACAACAACUACCUCCACCUUGCAGAGAUAUAUUGAUUGAUUACUCGAAAAAAGUGACCGAAUUAGGAUGUUCGUUAUUCGAGUUGAUUUCUGAAGCUCUAGGUCUUGAUUCAAGAUACCUGAAAGACAUUGGCUGUGCAGAUGGACUCGCCACCAUCUGCCAUUACUAUCCGCCGUCUCCACAGCCGGAACUAACGAUUGGGGCUCGAAAGCAUGCCGAUAACGACUUCCUAACUGUGCUCCUACAAGACCAUAUCGGUGGCCUCCAGUUCCUUCACCGGAAUCAAUGGGUUAAUGUUCCGUUUGUUCCCGGAGCACUUGUGGUCAACAUCGGUGAUCUUCUACAGCUGAUAUCGAACGAUGAGUUGAUGAGUGCAGAACACAGGGUGGUGUCGAACGGUGUUGGUCCACGGGUGUCGGUGGCGUGUUUCUUUACGACGGGAAUGGUUGCCACCGGAAAGAUUUUUGAACCGAUUAAAGAGCUGCUGUCGGAAGAAAAACCGGCCAAGUAUCGGGCAACGACGAUGAAGGAGUUCGUCCAACACUCCCAUUCCAAGGUCUUCGAUAAAUCUUCUAUGUUGCAUUUCAGGAUCUAAGCAUAUUGAGUUUCCAUAAAAGUCAAUCGGAUUUUGACUUUUGCAUGUUUUGAACGUACCAAGUUACUUUUGAAAACUUUUAGCUGAAAUGAAAAACUAUAAUAAAAUAAAAGCUUUUCUUAA